UUGCCCGCUGCUCGGCUUGUUUAAAUGCUCAAUCGGCUUCCUUUUUUAGAUGACUUAAUCCACUCUUUUUAACCCACCAAGUUUCAGAUUAUCCAAUUGCAUUACUUGCAUCGCUCAAGUGCAUGACCCACGUUUUUCUCUCUUUUGUUUACUUGCACAAGCCUUGAUUUCAUCAUCAACACACUCGAAUUCUUGCAUUUUGUACUCCAUUCUACCCCAUAUUCAACAAAACGCCUACACGAAACAACGCGUCCAGAAAACACACAACUUUUUACAUUUUACCGUAUUUUCUAACCCACCAAGCCCAACAUUGAGAAUACUCGACACAAAUAAAUAUACGACAAGAUGGCACCUGUAAAACCGACGCGAAAGAGAAAGUCAGAGGCCAUAACGGGCUCAAUUGACAACCGAAAGAUCACCAUGAGAAGUUCGCCUGCACGAAGUCCGAUCAAGAAGCGGAAGAUAGGCCUAUCGCUCGCGCAAAAGCAAGCCCUCAUCGACAACCUUCAACUAGAGAUUACCGAACGUGCACGACGAUUAAGAGCUCAAUAUAACAUCCAGGCGCAACAACUUCGAUCACGCGUCGAGAUGCGCGUCAACAGAAUACCUACGGCCUUACGAAAGCUGAAAAUGGGCGAACUCCUUUCCAAAUCACUACAGCCCCAACAACCGCCUCGGCCACCAAAGUCAGCGUAUGUAGCCAGACCUCCACCAGUCCCUCCAAAGGAUGGCACGUCAGCCAAACCCCUCCCGCGAAAGCCAGUCCCGGCAACCAAUCCAAGGCGGCUUAGUGAGGAAAUAAUAGGUUUAGACAAGGAGAACCAAGGCGGCGACGUUCAGAACCCUAAGAAGAGGCCUCACGGUAUUCCCGGCAAGGAACCCGCCGCAAUCCAGCCAGGACAGAUCCUAUCACCCACAUCCUCAAAUACGCGAAUAGUGCCCCGCCCUCGCCCGGCCUCUCCUAUCAAGCCACUAGCUAGCAGACCCGCAUCCCCUCUGAAAGGUCCCCCGCCUAAGCCCUCUUCCCAUAUCAUAUCGAGUAUGACGGACAGGGUGAAGCCAACCCGGCCGGCGGUUCCAAGGAAGCCUACCACAUCAUCAACGACUAGCUCAACUAACGGCAACGCAUCUGUACGUGCGCGACAAGCUGCGGUCCCUUCGCGACCCCCAACUGCAGCAUCUACGCGCGGGAGACGGAAGGCUAGCACUGCAAGCGAGACGAGCAACGGCAGUUCAACGACGGUGGUCAAGAAGACAACCGCUUCGAAGACAUCUAAGACGACAGCUCCCGCUGCCAAGAAAACAACAGUCAUGAACACAAUAAAGUCAGCCACAACCAAAAAGCCUCCGACAACAAAAGCAGCUGCAACUGGUACAGGAACCGGAAGGACAUUAAGAAAGAGAGCUUAGAUAUUAAAUGACUAUAAUGUGUAAUUGCAUCUCGCUUGGCGUUAUGGUUCUGCUUUCCGUUGCUACACAAGACGGGGAGGGGGUAUGGAUUAAAGUCAGGUCACAAUGAGAACCUUGCUGGGCGUUUUUAUCUAAAAAAAAGGAAGUUUUC